GUUGUUUGUGGCCCUGGGUGCCCCGCACAGGAGGAUGAGGGGGGAGAAUGUGACGCAGGUCAGCGCCUUCAUCCUGGUGGGCUUCCCCACAACUCCCCGGCUGCAGUACCUGCUCUUCCUCCUCUUCCUGCUCACCUACCUCUUCGUGCUGGUGGAGAACCUGGCCAUCAUCCUCACCGUCUGGGGCAGCCCCUCCCUCCACAGGCCCAUGUACUACUUUCUGGGCUCCAUGUCUUUCUUGGAGCUCUGGUACGUGUGUGACAUCAUCCCCAAGAUGCUGGACGGCUUCCUCCUGCAGAGGAGGCGCAUCUCCUUCGUGGGCUGCAUGACCCAGCUCUACUUCUUCAGCUCCCUGGUGUGCACCGAGUGUGUGCUCCUGGCCUCCAUGGCCUAUGACCGCUACGUGGCCAUCUGCCACCCUCUGCGCUACCAAGCCAUCAUGACCACGGGGCUGUGUGUCCAGUUGGUGGCCUUCUCCUUCAUGAGUGGCUUUACCAUCUCUGUGAUCAAGGUCUACUUUAUCUCUGGCGCCACGUUCUGUGGUUCCAACGUCCUGAACCACUUCUUCUGUGACGUCUCCCCCAUCCUCAGACUGGCCUGCAUGGACUACUCAACCGCAGAGCUGGUCGACUUCGUCCUGGCCUUCCUCAUCCUGGUGCUCCCGCUCGUGGCCACUGUGCUGUCCUACGGGCACGUCACCCUGGCCGUGCUGCGCAUGCCCUCGGCCACGGGCCGCUGGAGAGCCUUCUCCACCUGUGCGUCUCACCUCACCGUGGUCACCAUCUUCUACACGGCCUUGCUUUUCAUGUACGUCCGGCCCCAGGCCAUUGAUUCCCGGAGCUCCAACAAGCUCAUCUCUGCUGUUUACACUGUCCUCACCCCAAUCAUCAACCCCUUGAUCUACUGUCUGAGGAACAAAGAGUUCAAGGGCGCCUUGAAAAUGGCCCUGGGCUUUGGCUGA